UGUGUGGAUCAGUGUGUGUGUGGAUCAGUGUGUGUCAGUGUGUGUGUGGAUCAGUGUGUGUCAGUGUGUGUGUGGAUCAGUGUGUGUGUGGAUCAGUGUGUGUCAGUGUGUGUGUGGAUCAGUGUGUGUGUGGAUCAGUGUGUGUCAGUGUGUGUGCAACAGGAGCCGCUGGAGGAGCGCGUGUGAAAGUUUUAGUCCUCCCUGGGAACUCGAGUGAAGUGCACUGGAUGAGUGAAGUGCACUGGAUGAGUGAAGUGCACUGGAUGAGUGGGGUGCGCGGUGACCGGGUGCGCGGUGACCGGGUGCGGAUGGAGGCGCGGUUGGGACGCGGAGGGGACACGGCGGCUGUGUCGGAGGGUCACCAUGCCGACCGGAAGUGCCCCUCUCCGGGAAAGCGGCACGCGGUCAAGCGGCAUCAUCACAAACACAACCUGAAGCACAGGUACGACUUCCUGCAGACUCUGGGGAAGGGGACAUACGGCAAGGUGAAGAAAGCUGUGGACAGAACAGGAAGACUGGUGGCCAUCAAAUCCAUCAGGAAAGAAAAUAUUAAAGAUGAGCAGGACCUGACACACAUCAGGAGAGAGAUUGAGAUCAUGUCGUCCCUCAAUCACCCCUACAUCAUCACCGUAUACGAGGUGUUUGAGAAUAAGGAUAAGAUUGUGAUUGUGAUGGAGUACGCCAGUAAAGGAGAUUUAUUCGACUACAUCAGCGAGAGGCAGAUCUCUGAGCGAGAGGCCCGACACAUCUUCAGACAGAUUGUCUCAGCUGUGCACUACUGCCAUCGGAAUGGCAUCGUGCAUCGUGACCUGAAACUGGAAAACAUCCUGCUGGACGCAAACGGAGACGUGAAGAUUGCUGAUUUCGGUCUGUCGAACCUGUACCAGAGAGACGAGUAUCUGCAGACGUUUUGUGGUAGCCCACUGUAUGCCUCUCCUGAGAUUGUUAAUGGACGGCCGUAUAAAGGGCCAGAGGUGGACAGCUGGUCUCUGGGCGUCCUCCUGUACACGUUGGUGCAUGAAGCCAUGCCAUUUGACGGCCAUGACUACAAGACGCUGGUGCGACAAAUCAGCACUGGAGACUACCGCAAACCCACCAAGCCAUCAGAUGCAUGUGGUUUGAUCCGCUGGAUGCUGAUGGUAAACCCUGAUCGCAGGGCGACUCUAGAGGAAAUUGCAGGCCACUGGUGGCUUAAUUGGGGCUACCAGCGUCCUCUCGUCGCUGAGAAUGAAACAAUGGGAACAACCACCACCACAUCACAAUUGAGCAACUCUGCCCGAAUCACUGAUUGGCUUCGAAGAACGUCUCGACCUCUGCUGCAUAGCGGCUCAAAAAUGCGGUGUCUUCUACGUCCAGGAGGUGGAGUCACGGGAGAUGCGCCCAUCACUCGUCAGCGCUCGAUUCGCAGGUCACGCAAAGAAAACAAUGUCUCUCAGAGCAUGCAAGAGAACACUGCACCCAGGCCAUUUAAAGGCAUCCUGAAAAAACGUGGCAGCUUGAAACAGAAGCCGUGUGGUGAACCGCAGGUUCCUUUGGAGGAAAAAAUGACUAACGCAAUAAUGGCACCACCUGUAGCUCAAUCUCCACCUCCUCCCCCAGCCCCGCCCCCUCGCAAGGGUAUCCUGAAGAAGCCAGUAGAGAGGGAAUCGGGUUAUUAUUCCUCAUCCACUGAAAGCAGCGAUUCCACUCAAACACCACAACUUGAGCCGUGUACUACAAUGCCACCACGAUGUAAAGGAAUCCUUAAACGUAAUGGAAAAUUUUCCUCCGGUGUUUUGCAAGAAUUUGGGGAAUUCGGCUCGCUUGACCAGCUAGCGGCCUCCCUUCCACCAGGAGGCGUCAGAUCUCGUCCCAGUACAGCAAUCAGUGAGGACAGCAUCCUUUCAUCGGAAUCCUUUGAUCGGUUAGACUUGCCUGAUCGUCGUGAACCUGCAAUGAAGGUGGAUCGUCCAGCGCGGGGCGGCCCCAUGCGUGGCUGUGUUUCGGCUGACAAUUUACUCGACCUGAAGGAAAGUGGGCAGGAAUUAUGGGAUACUGACAAGAUGAGAGAAAGCUCGUUCUCCAUCACAGAUUGCGAAAACGUGAUCGAGGUCUACAAGUCUGCCUCUCAUGGCACCCAUGGUAGCUGAAACUCUCAAUACAAAUAGCAAAACUUCUUCAAAUCUGUCAAGUCCAAUACAGGACAUAUUCUGAUUCUGCGUGGGAAUGGAAUCAAUGUGGAGACAGUAGUCCUGGUGCAGGGAAGGACGACUAGCCCGAGUUAGAUAAGCUUCCACGUUCAGACUCUCGGAGACUGUCUCCAUCACAUGACCCUUUAAUGGUGGUGGAAGUAGAGCUAGCUGAAACUAGAUAUUUUACAUUUAAGAUGUGGUUGUCAGGUCAGCAUAAGUCCAUUACAGUUUUGCUUGAGAUGCUCUACAAAGGAUGUUUAUUAGUGGAACCAAAAUGGGGUAGAAAAGGGAAUAGUGUUCGUCAGUAGAGAAAAGCAAAAUGGGCCAAUCAGCUGCUGUUCAAGAGGCGAUUCUCCUUUUACACAACAUUUCUUUGAUGCAUUUUUGACUGGAGGCUGCAGCCUCUCUGUCAGACUGGGGCCUUGUUUUGUGAGACCUAAGCUUGAGCAUGAACCAAAGAUGCUGAAAGUACACUUUUUUAAAAAACACCUUUUAAGGGGCAAUAAUCGGACUACAGAGAACUGAGGAACAGAAAAAAUCGAAAAGAAAGCUUUUGGUUUAUGAUCUGCAAUCUGAAAUGACUGCAGCUCAGAGUCCAUUAGUGAUAAGAUGUUUUUUAAUACAACAAAGUUUGUUAACCUUGUUAAAGAUUAACCUUUAAGACAGACGGUUAUCAGUCCUGUUCUUGGCUGACACACCAGAUCAGACACGGCUAUUUAUUGCUUUAGGAAUUUACUUUUGUGAUAAGGAUUAGAGGUAAAUAGACUGUGGUAAGAAGUUUGUAAAAACAGUUUUGUAAGUGGCACUCGCUCAUUGAGGCCUCUAAGUGAAAACACUUAUUGUAUUGUUUUUUUGUUCCCCCCUUCUCAUUGUUGGACAAAAGCAAGUUUUUCAAAAACAAUGAGAUUGUGAGGAAAUGAAGGCAGAUAUCCAUUUUGUUGCGUCUGUCUGAUGUCAAGAAUUUUUUUGACAAUUUAAAUUAUCAUUUUAUUUCCAUGACAGUUCAGAAUACCAUAUUGAUCUUAAGCUUCUACAGUUUAACUGUCAUUUCAUGGGGGAAACUGCAGUAACGAUGUUACAGUGCAAUACUGCUCGUCUUAACCUGGAACGUGGCCAACACUUGAAAAAACGUGGUGUGUAUUUUUGAUGUGGAUGUUCUCAUCAGAGACGAUCUGUCCAUGCGUGAAACAAACCCUGUAACGUUGUCGGGUCAACGUUUAAACUGUGUCUGACCUUUUGUAGCGUAUGGCUGAAACCGGUACUGGAUCAGUGGGUCAAUAAAACCUCAAACACAACUAUUA